AUGGCACCUUCUGUUGCGGACCUUCCUGAAAAUACGGAGACGGCACCACUUACGGUGCCAGUAAAGACCGCACCGGAAACUACUGACAAGAAGCCCAAGGUCAGGAGAGUCAUUGAGGAAGAAGGGGGCCAGACAACAGCAAGUUACCCUAACUACCUCCCUGUUUGGGACCACGGCGAGAAAUACCCUCCUUUGGAACCGUUUGUCCAUGUUGAUCAUGGCAAAGACGCCGAUCCUUCCUUCAAAGACCUCUUGCCUGAAGGGUCCAAGAUUCAGAAGCUAGCCCCGACUAUCGGCUCCGAAGUCACAGGUGUUCAGCUGAGCAAGCUCUCUAAGGCUGGCAAGGACCAACUCGCCCUACUCGUUGCUCAACGAAAGGUUGUUGUCUUCCGUGACCAGGAUCUGGCCGACCUGCCAAUCCAAGAGGCACUGGACUUUGGAGGUUACUUUGGCCGUCAUCACAUCCACCCGACUAGCGGUGCCCCAGAAGGGUACCCUGAGAUUCACCUGGUACACCGUUACGGCGACAAGAGCGAAAUCGAUGCCUUCUUCGCGGACCGAAACAGCAGUGUUGGAUGGCAUUCCGAUGUCACGUAUGAGCAGCAACCCCCUGGCACGACCUUCUUGUAUAUCCUUGAUACUCCGGAAGUGGGUGGUGAUACCGCCUUCGUCGAUCAGGUUGAGGCAUACAACCGCCUAUCGCCAGCGAUUAAGGAAAGGCUACACGGCCUCAAGGCAGUUCACUCGGGGUUUGAACAGGCAGAAUUUAGCAAGAAGCGCGGCGGCGUUGUCCGGCGAGAACCUGUGAAGAACGAGCACCCGUUGGUUCGAACGCAUCCCGUCACCGGGGAGAAAGCUCUCUUUGUAAACGGUGGCUUCACCCGAAGCAUUGUCGGCCUGAAGAAAGAGGAAAGUGACUCACUGCUAGGCUUCCUCUUGAACCAUGUUGGACGUGGCAUUGAUUACCAAGUUCGUGUCCGAUGGGCCCCUAAAACAGUUGUCGUUUGGGAUAACCGCAUCACUGCACACUCGGCCAUUCUUGACUGGAAGACUGGUGAGCGCCGUCACUUGGCUCGUAUCACACCACAGGCCGAACGGCCUUAUGAGACUCCUUAUGUGCCGGAACAGACAAGUGCCCAAGCAUAA